AGGCGGAGCACGCUCGCAGUCGUUGUCCAUCGCCAUCGACAAGUCUAAUAAAAUUUAUUAACAAUGUCGAAACCUGGAAGUUUCAAAAAUCCUUUUUCUAGACCAUGGAUGACGGAAACUGGGGCAGCGGCUGCGGCUGGAGGAUCGGGAACAACGGGGCUCAAAGGAGUAGUUGCCGGCGGAAUUACUGGUGGCAUUGAAAUUUGUAUCACAUUCCCAACUGAAUACGUUAAAACACAGCUCCAAUUAGAUGAAAAAGGUGGCACCAAAAAAUAUACGGGUAUUGUAGAUUGUGUUAAGAAAACAGUGCAAGGACAUGGCUUCUUCGGACUAUACAGAGGUCUAAGUGUCCUCUUAUACGGAUCUAUACCAAAAUCAGCUGUAAGAUUCGGAGUGUUCGAACAGGCUAAACAGUACAUGCUUAAGGAAGAUGGCACCCUAUCGAACACUGGCAAGUUGACGUGCGGUCUCGCCGCCGGCGUCGCCGAAGCCAUCUUUGCCGUCACACCCAUGGAAACUGUUAAAGUGAAAUUCAUCAACGACAUGCGUAUGGAGAAACCCAGGUUCAAGGGGUUCUUUCAUGGCGUCAGGAUGAUCGUCAGAGAGGAGGGCUUCGGAGGCGUGUACAAGGGUGUCACAGCCACUAUCAUGAAGCAGGGCAGCAACCAGGCCAUCAGGUUCUUCGUGAUGGAAUCGUUGCGUGACUGGUACAAGGGCGGCGACAGAGACAAGCCAGUGCCUAAAUACAUCGUCGGCUUGUUCGGUGGCAUCGCAGGUGCCGCAUCAGUGUUCGGUAACACGCCCAUAGACGUGGUCAAGACUCGUAUGCAAGGUCUAGAAGCGACCAAAUACAAGAACACAUGGGAUUGUUUCGUCAAAACUUGGAAGGCUGAAGGACCGCUCGCCUUCUAUAAGGGAACGGUGCCGCGUCUCAGCCGCGUCGUAUUCGACGUAGCGAUCACUUUCACAAUAUACGACAGCAUCAUGGACGUAUUCAACAUGGUAUGGAAGUAGAUAGCGUUUAGAAAUGACGUUUUUAUAAUCUUAAUAGGACACUAGGCAACGUGAGUUUUGAAGGAGAUGAGGGUUUCAGCUCGAAUGGUGAUGUAUCUUUUGUAUUUACAGAGCGCAGCAAGAUUAUGUUAUAAAUCUAACGAAAAGUUUACUAGCAAAAAUGUGGAUUUUUUUCUAGUAAACUUUUCUUUAGAUUUAAACAUCUAGCAGUUAAAUACUUAAAAAAUAAAAACAUAAGAUUAUGUUAUGCAGGUAAGAUAUUAGCACCAAUGAUCGUUUUUUUCUCCUGUGAUUAAUGAAGGUAAGAUUAGGUAACCGAUCACUUGAGACAGUAACACUGAGCCCCUUAUUAAUAAAUGAAGACAGCUUGGAUUAAUUACUUUGUGUUUUGUCUCUGUUCAUUGAAUGCCAAAUAGCAUUCGAGUGAUAUGUACAAAACGUGGCGUAACUAGUCUAAGCUUAUUCCUCGUUUAUCAAUAAGGGGGUGACUGUCUAUAGCUAUAGCUAUUUUAAUGUUGUGGAGUUUUUUUCGCUCGUUUUUUUCUGCAGCUAAAAAAUAUGUUCAAUAACGAGUGGUAGGGAAAAAAUGGACGAUUCAAAAGAGUUGUACUAUACAUCCAAUUUGAAUAAAGAUACCUAUAUUGAUUUCUGAUCUCUGGGGGC